UUCCAAGCUUUCCUCUCCUCUCGAUCUCCAAACCCUAGCCCCCCUCGAGAGCCCCGCAGCAAGAGCUCUCGCCCCUUCCCCGCCUCCGCCGCAGCCACAAGAUGGAAGUUGAUAGAGCCCCCACUGCUGCUGCGCCUAGAGAAUCCUCGUCCGCCGCGAUGGCGGUGGACGCGGCGGGUGGCGUGGAGAAGCCGCGGUUCGACGCUCUGAUGCCCAGCGAGAUGAGCGGCGGGAGGCCACAGUACCGCAAGGUCCAGGUGCCCUCGCAUCGCUUCGCACCGCUGAAGAAGGCGUGGCUGGAGAUCUACACCCCUGUUUACGAGCACAUGAAGGUCGACAUCCGCAUGAACUUGAAGGCAAAAAGGGUGGAGCUUAAAACAAGACAAGAUACUCCAGACGUGAGCAACCUUCAAAAAUGCGCGGACUUCGUUCACGCUUUUAUGCUUGGAUUUGACAUUGCAGAUGCGGUUGCCUUGCUUCGUCUUGAUGACCUGUAUGUUGAUUCCUUCGAGAUCAAGGAUGUGAAGACACUUCGAGGGGAGCAUCUAUCGCGUGCUAUUGGCCGCUUAUCAGGGAAAGGAGGCAAGACCAAAUAUGCCAUUGAGAACUCUACGAGGACUCGCAUAGUUAUCGCUGAUACGAAGAUCCACAUACUUGGAUCCUUUGUUAACAUCAAGGUCGCUCGGGAUUCACUUUGCAGUCUUAUCUUGGGUUCUCCUGCAGGCAAGGUCUAUUCUAAGCUAAGGGCUGUAUCUGCUAGGUUGGCAGAAAGGUAUUAAAUGAGUUUGGGUCGCAUCAUAUAGCUGCAGUUUUGGCCUCGUAUGUGUUGUAUCGGCUGAUUUGUGUGCCUGUGAUAUGAAUGUUCUUGUUUGGAAGAACAACUUCAAAAUGAUUAAAGGUGGCAGUGAUAUUCCUUGCGUUUUGUUGCAGCCUUAAUUGACAAACACCUAUUAUUGCUGUGUUUAAUGUUUGAUUCUACU